GGGAAGGCGAUGGGGAAGGCGGCCGGGAGCUUCGGCGAUGAUUUGGGGGACGAUUUCCUCACGUCUUGGAAGCCUGGGAAGCUCGGCGCGGCGCCGGGGCUGGAUCUUGACGACUCGCCGCCUCGGCCCAUGGCCAAGACCGGGAAGACGUUUGAUCUCUCCAAAUUCGAUAUGGAUUUGGACCUUGAUGGAGGUUUUAACAAGCUAGCCUCGUUUAAUAUCGAUCUCGAUCUCCCUGGCAUUGACGCUACGAUGGAGAAGAACGCUGACACUGGAUCCAAAACUAAAGAAUCCAUGGAGGUUUCUCCACUAUGUCGUCCCCCUGCUCGAGAAAAGCUGCGCGUUGAUCUCUCCGACAAGAACCUUGACACUGGAUCCAAAUCGAUGGAUAUUUCUCCAGUAUCUCGUCCCCCUGCUCGAGACACUGAUCUCUCCGACAACAACGCUGAGACUGGAUCCAAAACUAAAGAAUCGAUGGAGAUUUCUCCAGUAUCUCGCCCCCCUGCUCGAGACAAGCUGCGCGUUGAUCUCUCCGACCUGGAUUCGAUGAAUGAGAAGAACGCUGACACUGGAUCCAAAACCAAAGAAUCGAUGGAGAUUUCUCCGGUAUCUCGUUCCCCUGCUCGAGACAAGCUGCGUAUCUCCGGCCUGGAUUCUGACAAGAACCCUGACACAGGAUCCAAAACUAAAGACUCGAUGGCUGUUGUUUCUCCAGCAUCUCGCCCGCCUGCUCGACACAAGCUACGUGUUGAUAUUUCCGGUCUGGAUUCUAGGAAUGACAAGAACGCUGACACUGGAUCCAAAACUAAAGAAUCGAUGGAGAACGGACCAGUUGUUUCUCCAGUAUCUCGUCUCCCUGCUAGAGGCAAGCUACGUGCUGAUCUGUCCGGCCUAGGUUCUAGGUAUGACAAGAACGCUGACACUAGAUCCAAAACUAAAGAAUCUUCUCCAGUAUCUCGUACCCCUGCUCGAGACAAGCUGCGUGUUGAUCUCUCCGGUCUGGAUUCUAGGAAUGACAAGAACGCUGACACCGGAUCCAAAACUAAAGAUUCUUCUCCAGUAUCUCGAACCGCUGCUCGAGACAGGCUAUGUAUUGACCUCUCCGGCCUGGAUUCUAGGAAUGACAAUAACACUGACGCUGGAUCCACAAGUAAAGAUGUUCCAGCAGAUAAGCUGGACUCCUUUGAUGUGGACCACUCUGAUGCUGCAAAGGAGAAGAGCAACGGAUCCAAAGGUAAAGAUGUGGUACGAUCGGUGGACGAGUAUUCUUCAUCACCUCCUCCUGCUCGAGAGAACAAUCCUGCCAUCGAUGCCAUCAAUGUGCAAGAGAUGGAGUGGCGACCGGAGCCUGCUCCCCCGCUGGCCAUCGAUGCGCAAGAGAUGGAGUGGCGACCGGAGCCUGCUCCUCCACUGCUGGAGAAGCCUGAAAACGAGGUGGUCGACAAAGUGGACUGCUACACGGAAGUUCUGGAGGAGAUGUGGAAGAUGCUCAAGCAGAAGAAGGAGGAAGCCACAGAUCUUCUGGUGAGGGCGAUCGUUGCAAACAACAAGCUGCUGUUGCUCAACAGUCCUGUGCACGACGAGAAAAUAUCCUUGCAUUUCUCAGUUUCAAAGAGCUUGCUUCCUUUCCAUACUACAUUUCUCUUCACAUCCAGCUUCUCAGGCGCUCUGUGAAUGAAUUACUGGCAGAACCUUCUAAAGUCUGAGGUACUUGGUUUGUUUACUUUCCAACGUCAAACGUAAACGUUUGAUCGCGUUACUUAGUUUAAUAAGUUUCGAGA